CCUCCAUGAGGGCGGGCUGGUUCAGGAGGGGGAGGUUUACAACCCUCUACUUUCCAGCUAAAGGUCUCCGGGGAGUAUCAAACUACCACGUCUGCAUCGGGAAGAGAGGGGAAGAGGAGAGGGGAUCAAAAUAAACCGGCUGUAGGAUAGAGAAGUCGAGGAGUCGGGACUGCUUCAUGAAAACGAGGUCGGCUGCAACAUCUGGAGCGAAAGCGCAAACUGAAUUUGGACAUAAAAUACGCACAGCCUGCAGCCCCAGAGCCCCCGACAGACUUCCUGCUUCCAGUGAGGUCUAAUAGUUUUGGUUAACAUUCACCCAAACGCGAGCAGAAUGCACACUGGACACACACUUCUCGUGGUUUAGGUAACUCCAGUAAUAAGUUGCAGAGGGCGCAUAUCUUCUGGAAACUCGUUUUGCGCCAAGUUUAUUGGAUACGUCUUUUCACAGAAAAUGUUUUGACGAAUAGCAAAGUAAAGAUUGCGCAAACUGUUACAGGAAGAUCUGUCUAUUUUUGUAUUUAUUUAUUAUUUUUGGAAAGUCAAGUGAUGGCACCAGAGCUCAAAUCGCUUGUCCGACUGCUGCUGCUGGCGGUGGUGUGGGAGCUGAGCGCGCAUGGAGCGACGGAGCGACACAUCAAUCCAGAGUCAUGGCUGCAGCAGUACGGUUACCUGCCCCCGGGGGACUUGAGGACGCACGCCCUCCGCUCCCCUCACUCCGUCUCCUCGGCCAUCGGCUCCAUGCAGAAGUUCUACGGCCUCACCGUCACUGGCACCUUUGACACCAACACGAUUGAGGCCAUGCAGAGGCCGCGCUGUGGCGUGCCAGAUAAGUUUGGGGCCGAGCUGAAGAGCAACCUGAGGAGGAAGAGAUACGCCAUCCAGGGCCUGAAGUGGAACAAGAAUGAAAUCACUUUCUCUAUACAGAACUACACCCCUAAGGUGGGUGAGUACGAGAGCAACCAGGCCAUCAGGAAGGCCUUCAAGGUGUGGGAGGGCGUCACCCCGCUUCGUUUCCGGGAAAUCCCCUACAGUUACAUACGGGACAAGGUGGAGGAGUUUGCCGACAUUAUGCUCUUCUUCGCCGAGGGUUUCCACGGGGACAGCAGCCCAUUCGAUGGAGAGGGGGGCUUCCUAGCGCAUGCCUAUUUCCCCAGUCACGGCAUCGGCGGGGACACCCACUUUGAUGCGGCUGAGCCGUGGACUGUUGGGAACAAGAAUCUGUUCGGUAAUGAUUUGUUCCUGGUUGCGGUCCAUGAACUGGGCCAUGCUCUGGGUCUGGAGCACUCCGGUGACCCUUCAGCCAUCAUGGCUCCCUUUUACCAGUGGAUGGACACCGACAACUUCCAACUUCCUGACGACGAUCGCAGAGGCGUACAGCAACUUUAUGGUUCUGGAUCAGGCCCUCAGCCCCCAGAUGUUUCACCCCGCACGCCGAACCCCAACCCAGAGCCCACAUAUCCACCUGACAAGCCUCACUAUGGCCCCAACAUCUGUGACGGACACUUUGACACCAUCGCCAUCCUCAGGGGAGAAAUGUUUGUGUUCAAGGAUAAAUGGUUCUGGAGGGUCCGUAACAACCAGGUUCUGGAUGGAUAUCCCAUGCCGAAUGGCCACUUUUGGAGGGGAUUGCCCACCCAUGUCAAUUCCGCCUUUGAAAGGGAAGAUGGGAAAUUUGUUUUCUUUAAAGGGGACAGGUACUGGGUAUUCACUGAAUCAGUUCUGGAUCCUAGUUUCCCGAAGAGUCUAACGGAAAUGGGCACUGGGCUUCCCAAAGAUCGAAUAGACGCUGCUCUCUACUACACCCCCACUGGACAGACAUAUUACUUCAGAGCCAACAAAUAUUACCGUUUCAACGAAGGUUCACGAAGCGUCGACAGCGACUAUCCAAAGGCUAUUAGUGUGUGGCAAGGAGUGCCUGACAACAUCAAGGCCGCCUUCAUGAGCAAGGACCAAGCGUACACCUACUUCUACAAAGCCAACAAGUACUGGAAGUUCAACAACCAGAUGAUGCGCGUGGAGCCGGGAUACCCCAAAUCUGCACUUCGGGACUGGAUGGGCUGCCCCAACGAAGACCCCAAGACGGACGGAGGAGGAGGCGGAGGAGGAGGAGGCGGAGGAGGACACGACAAGGACAAAGAGAGGGAGAAGGACAAGGACCGGGAGGAUAAGGACAGAACCAGAGACAGGGAAAGGGAAAGAGAGAGGGAGACGGACACGGAGAAGGAGGAGGAGACGGAGGUGAUCAUUAUUGAAGUGGACGAGGAGGAAGGGCUAGGGGGUGGCAGUGGAGCAGCUGCUGUGGUGGUGCCGCUGUUCCUGUUAGUGUGUGUGAUUGCGACUCUGGCCGCCUUGGUGUUUUUCCGUCGGUACGGGACCCCCCGCCGACUCCUCUACUGCCAACGAUCUUUACUGGACAAGGUGUAGACGGAGGAGGAGGAGGUGGAGGAGGAGGAGGAGGAGGAGGAGACAGGGAGAGAACGAGAACAAAAAAUGUGGAAGGAAAUCUUAAACACAGAUAAUGAGAGCAGAAGAGAUUUUUAAAAAACUAUUAAAGAAAACUGGCGAACGAGCAGGAGGAGAAGCACCAGAGUUGCAUUUUUAAUCAAUAUUCGUACCACUGCCAGAUUCCUUUUGCUCCAUCGCUCAACCACUCCAUCCUUCCAUUUCUUUUCUCUCCCCCCCCCCCCCCCCCCCUCUCUCUCUCUCCUCGUGGUUACUGACGCCAGGUCUUUGCUGUUUGUUUUAGCCUCUUUUUUUUUUUUUUUUUCAAAGUCUUAUUCUUAGUUCCUGUCCGAGGUCAGUGAAUUCCCGCUUGGAACCUGCAUCUCCAUGACGCAUGUUCUCGCAUGUUCGAGGAGCGCGUUUGAUCCUCCGUGCCUUCUUGUUCCCCGAGCAACACAUUUGGAAAGCACAGUGGCGUUGUCACGGUGGUUUUUAAUCUUCCAGUAGAGUACUAUGUCAGAGCCAGUAUGGACCAUUAAAAGGAAAACAAAACAUUAGCUUAAGUCUUUCUGAAGCCUGAGAUACAGUCGUAUCAGAGUAAAGCAAUAAACACCCUUUAGUGUUGAUUAUUAUUAUAAAUGAUGUUGUCAUUAUUAUUAUGACUAAUACUAUUCUUGUUGUUGUCCUACAUGUAAAGAAUUUUUUUUUUUGUUGUACAUUGUCAUUAAAACGUCCUGCUGGACAGUGACAUACAGUUUUUAAAGUGGCCUUAAUUUUAUAAAUGUGUGGGGACAGUGAAUGGGGAAGGGGGUUUAUGUAUUCUUGAAACUUGAUUGUUUUUUGUUUUGUUUUUUUUUUACCUCGAAUCAAUCACAAAUGAAAUAAAUUGAAGAUCUGAAAAUGGCUCCUUUUUUUUCCUCAUUGUAGUUUUGAAUUCAUGGUGCUACAUUACGAGUCCGGGGUUAUGAGUAGUUUAACAAUGAUAAUGAUACUAGUGAUACUGAUGCUGAUAACCAUCUAGCUUCCUCAAUGAGAUUGUGUGUGUGCGUUUCUUUACUCACUUAUAUUUUUUAAGC